CGGUCGGUUAAAUAAAAACUAAAAGAAGAACAACAACAACAGCUGGUCAGCCAUCUCGGUAGCUUGCUAGCCAACAUAGCGGAAACGUUCAAGCUUUUAAGACGUUUUCUGAUAUAUGAGCCACUGUGUUUUGAACACAUUUCUGUCGUCUAACUAGUUACCCCAUUUAAUUUCAUGUUUACGUUGUUAUUGGUCAGCUAACUAGCUUGUUAAGUUAGCAUUAGCCUAGUUAGCUAACGUAGCUGGCUGGUUGAGUUAGCAUUAGCCUAGCUAGCUAACGUAGCUGGCUGGUUGUUAAGAUAGCAUUAGCUUAGCUAGCUAACGUAGCUGGCUGGUUGAGUUAGCAUUAGCCUAGCUAGCUAACGUAGCUGGCUGGUUGUUAAGAUAGCAUUAGCCUAUCUAGCUAACGUAGCUGGCUGGUUGAGUUAGCAUUAGCCUAGCUAGCUAACGUAGCUGGCUGGUUGUUAAGAUAGCAUUAGCCUAGCUAGCUAACUGUUAGCUAACAUCCCCGACCAUGAGUUCACCAAGCUACUCGCCUCCUGUUGAAGAAGAGGAGGAGGAGGAGGUCUGCUGGACGGAGGAAGAGGGUCUGUGGCUGAACGUUGUCGUGAAAGAGGAGGAUGAAGAGGAGGAUGUCACAGUAAAACAAGAAGAAGAGGAGGAAGGUGAGGCUGUUACAGUGAAAGAAGAAGAGAAAGACGUUACAGUGAAAGAAGAGGAAGACGCGUUCAGAGUGAAAGAGGAGGAGGAUGUUACAGUAAAAGAAGAGGAGGAAGAGAAAGAGGAGGAUGCAGUUUUUGAAGUGAAGAAGGAAGGAGAGAUAACUGUCACAUUGAAAGACAAGGAGACAGGCGAUCUGAUUAACACCAGAGAGAGACAUGACUAUCGUGGAUCCUCUGGGGAUCCUCAACAACAACAUGAUGCUGAUGAGGCAGAGCAGAGUCUCUCCAGAUCAGAACACCUCAAGAAACACCAGCAGAGACCCACAGGGAAGACACCUCACUGCUGCGCUGACUGUGGGAAGAGUUACUCAAGAUCAGAUUCACUGAAACUACACCAGAGAAUUCACACAGGUGAUAAAUCUCACUGCUGCUCUGACUGUGGGAAGAGACUCACCUCUUCGGCAGACCUUAAAAGACAUGAGAGAAUCCACACAGGAGAGAAACCUUAUAGCUGCUCUGACUGUGGAAAGAGUUUUAAUGUUCCAAGCAGCCUGAAAACACACCAGAGAACACACACAGGAGAGAAACCUUAUAGCUGUUGUCAUUGUGGGAAGAGUUUUACUUCGUCAAGCCGUCUGACUAUACACCAGAGAACACACACAGGAGAGAAUCCUUAUAUCUGUGCUCAAUGUGGGAUGAAUUUUACUACAUCUAGACUGCUGACUUUGCACCAGAGAACACACACAGGAGAUAAGCCUUAUAGCUGUAAUCAAUGUGGGAAGAGUUUUGCUCACUCACACAGCAUGACAGCACACAUGAGAAUACACACUGGAGAGAAACCUCACUGUUGCUCUGACUGUGAGAAGAGAUUCACCUCUUCAGCAGAUCUUAAAAUACAUCAGAGAAUCCAUACAGGAGAGAAACCUUAUAGCUGCUCUGACUGUGGGAAGAGCUUUUCAAAAUCAUCUACAUUACAAUCACACCAGAGAAUUCACACUGGAGAGAAACCUUAUAGCUGCUCUGACUGUGGGAAGAGCUUUUCAAAAUCAUCUACAUUACAAUCACACCAGAGAAUUCACACUGGAGAGAAACCUUAUAGCUGUUAUCAAUGUGGGAAGAGUUUUACUGAAUCUAGACGGCUAACUACACACCAGAGAACACACACAGGAGUGAAACCUUACCACUGCUCUGACUGUGGAAAGAGAUUUGUUUCAUCAGGACAUUUAAAAUCACACCAGAGAACACACACAGGAGAGAAGCCUUAUAGCUGUGAUCAAUGUGGGAAGAGUUUUACUCACUCAAGUAGCCUGACUAUACACCAGAGAACACACACAGGAGAGAAACCUUAUAGCUGUGAUCAAUGUGGGAAGAGUUUUGUUACAUCGAGCCAGCUGACUUUACACCAGAGAACACACACAGGAGAGAAAUCUCAUAGCUGUGAUCAAUGUGGGAAGUGUUUUGUUACAUCAAGCCGUUUGACUAUACACCAGAGAACACACACAGGAGAGAAACCUUACAGCUGUGAUCAAUGUGGGAAGAGUUUUGUUACAUCAAGCAGUCUGACUAUACACCAGAGAACACACACAGGAGAGAAACCUUAUCGCUGUGAUCAAUGUGGGAAGUGUUUUACUACAUCUAGCCAUCUGACUACGCACCAGAGAAAACACACAGGAGAGAAUCCUUACAGUUGA